GUGGAGAGAUGUGCACAUUUAAACAGAAGACAGUCCGUGUUAAAGCCUCCAGUGUGUGUAUGUUACUCACAUAACAGCUGCAUUUACAGACAAGAUCUUCAACACCAUCUAUUGACUCCAAACACACUGAACAGUUAUGAUGCUUAUUUCUGCGCGGAUCCUGUGUUCGAUUCUUUUCAUUUCGGUUCUUCUCUCGAGUCCAACCGAAUCCAAACGGAACCGCGGCGCGAUUCCCCAUCCGGACAAGAACAACCCGAACGAGUCGGACCAGCACCCUCAUCAGAGCGGUUCGGGAUCUCGAGGCAGAGGCAGAGGCUCGUCCGGUUCCGCGGAAGAGGUUUUGGAGUCCAGCCAAGAGGCGUUACACGUCACCGAGCGCCGGUACCUGAAACGGGACUGGUGUAAAACUCAACCGCUCAAACAGACCAUCCAUGAGGAGGGCUGCAUCAGCCGAACCAUCAUCAACCGCUUCUGUUACGGCCAGUGUAACUCGUUUUACAUCCCCAGACACGUCCGGAGGGAGGAGGGCGCGUUUCAGUCCUGUUCGUUCUGUAAACCCAAACGAUUCACCACUAUGACUUUCACCCUAAACUGCCCCGACCAGCAACCACCGACCCGAAAGAAACGCGUCCAGCGGGUCAAACAGUGCCGCUGCAUCUCCAUUGAGCUGGACUGAUUUCAGUCUGGACGGAUCCACGCAAACAGUGAAAGCAUCAUUUCAGUAAGAACUCAUCAGACGCAUUUUAGUCGCUGAAACUAGUUAAAGAGGUUCAAAAAGUCGUGCGUAAAAAGAUGCCCAAAAUCUGUCACCAUUACCGCGCGCACACAACACCAGUCCAGCACUCAUUAUUUAUUACUACUGUUUUCUACAUCAGUUUACAAUACAUGUAAAGUCAUCAAAAGGACACAAAUAGUGGCAAAAAUGUUCAAUUAAAACAUUUGGACACGUGUGGACUGAUGUUUAUUAAAAUGUUAGUUUUGCAAAGAAAUGCAUACACUAAUAUUUGAUUACAAAAUUAAUUUCAAGCUUUUAAGCCUUUGGAUUAAAUUAGAAACAAAGUAUCCAAACUUAGAUUGCUAUUGUGUAUGUUAGUAUCCUAAAACCCUUUUAAAGUCUUGUAGAAUUUGUACACAGCUAAUUUUAUGGGCUCGUAUUAAUUGAGAGACUUCAUGGAAUAUGUGUACUGUUAAAUAUAAUGUGUCACACUGCACGAUGGGGGUCCAAAAGUCUGAGACCACCGGUAAAAAUGCUCCUCUUGACUUGUCUUAUUUUAUCAGUGGACUAUUUAGAGUAAAACCUUGAAUAAUACACAGGCAUUUGCUUUUGAGAAUGUUUUGAAGAGCAUCUCGUGUGCUUCAGUGGUAGCGUCACAAAUUUGUCACAAAUUUGCUUAUUUGAUAAGCAACCUAGAAAUAGUUCCGAAUCUUGAAUAUUUAUUGAUUUGAAGUCAAUGUUUCUGUGAUAUCAGACUUUUGGACUCUACCAUGUGUGGCAAAUUAAUCUUGAAAACCCCUCCAGUUCAUCAAAAUGUUUAAAUGCCCUAUAGACGUUAUAAGUGUAAUAUAUGUUGUAAUGGUGACAGAUGUGGUUCACAGAAGUGCAGAAGAGCGUUAUCUGUGACACUGAAUGUUUUUAUGAAUCUCCAAAAAUAUAAAGAAGAAAGUUUGAAGACUAAGUUUCCACUAUGUGGAAUUGGACUCUUAACUAAUGUAUUUAAUAUGACAGAAUGCAACUGUUUUCAGAACUGAUUUCAUAUGUUUAUGCUGGAUUGCUGUGAAGUUUGUAGCAGAUAAACAUCACUACAUAAUUAGAUACAACAUUUAAAGGUUUCAUAGGCCUACGCCUCUACAGACUGAAUUAUUACGCAUUUUGUUAAAGUCGUGUACAGAUGUGUAUUAUGUUGUAGAUACUGCAGGUUUAUUAUGUUUAUCUGGCUCAUGAGUGUAUGAAGAUGUUGAAGGACUGUGGCUGCAUGUGUUGUGAAUGCAGUCCUGUGGAAAAACCAUAUUAAUAAAAAAAGACGUUUUGGCCCUCUGGUCACUCUGAAAAACACAUGGAGAUAUCAGUGAUCCUCUGAUUUAAUGGUUCAUAGAUUAGGACAGAAAUCAAUUUCACGCUGUGUGUUUUAUUCAUCAUUGAAACCGAAGAGCCAGUUUAUUCCCAGAAGCUCUGAACAUUCUUUAGAUGGUACGAGUCUUUAUUUUUAGGAGCUGGAGGUUCUUUUAAAACAGAAACUUCAUGAAGAAAAUCUAAACUGCAUGUUUUUUUCCCCCACAAAGAUCCAAAACUAAUUUCAUUUCAAUCUCCUGGUUUUACCUGUUGGAUUAUUUGGCAUUUACUGGGACACAAAAGUUUCAUCCAAUCUUGACAUGAAGAAGAAGAACUUUCAAUUUACUCAGAGAAACUAUAAGCUGUAUAAUUGAACGUACCAAACAAACAACAACAACAAAUAAACCAAUGUAGCCAAUAACAUUGAGUACACUGGUUACAUGUGGUUAUGAAAGCAGCAUUUCUCUUGGGAGUUUUUAGGGAAUGUCAGACUUCUCAUAUCUUUCAAACAGCACAUUUUAUCAUUUCAGAUUUCAUUUUUUAAGAAUAAAUAUGUUAGAAUAUAAUAAAAAUAACAAUGUGCAAAAAAAUCAGAAGACACUUCUUCAUUUGAGAAUUCUUUGAUGUCAAUUCUUUUCUUUUGGAGAUAUCUAUAAAACAGUUUAUUGCACCUAAUAAUGUAAAAGUAUCUAAAUAAACUUUAAAGAAGAACAAAAUCAUUGGCCCCCAAAUCAGCAAAUUCACACAAAACUUUUUGGAGUUUGGAUUUAAAACACAAAUGUACUGUGUUGAGAAGCACCUGUGAUACUGACACUCGUGAUACAUUUAAGCUUGUCAUGAAAUAAUUCAAUAUAAAUGUAAAUAAAAACCUUGGUUGUCUUGAUAAACAGGGCUUUUAGUAUGUCAUUCACUCAUUUGCACUUAUAAAAAAAUGUCAAAAUAUAAAUAUACUCUGUGUAGGGGUGAAUAUUAGCACAUUCCUCAUCAUAACAUACAUCAUGACUUCAGUAGUCUUCUAAGCUGAUAUGAUUUCCACACUUCUUCAAACACAAGAUAUUGCAUAGACGUCAUAACUGAGGUGCAUUCAAAGUGCAAUUAUUUUGGCAUAAGGAAAAUGUGGAAAAACAUCUAGGUCAAAAACGGCUAAAAACAACAAAGGGUUUGAAAUCUCGACAAGCGAGCGAUGUGAUUCAAGUAGAAAUACAGAUGAGAUCAUGUUAGCACUUAAAGGAAUAUUCCGGGUUCAAUACAAGUUGAGCUCAAUCGACAGCGUUUGUGUCAUAAUGUUGAUCACCACAAAAAUUAGUUUGGACUCGUUCCUCCUUUUCUUUAUAAAAGCACAAAUGUGUGUUCCAGUGAGACACUUACAAUAGAAGUCAAUGGGGUCAAUUUUUAGAGGGUUUAAAGUCAGAAAUGUGAAGAUUAUAAUGUUAUAAAAACACUUACAUUAAUUCUUCUGUUAAAUCUCGUGUAUUAUUGGAGCUGUAAAGUUGUUUAAAUCAGCGUUUUUGCAUCAUGGUAAUAAAGUUAUAAAAUUGUCUAUAACGUCACACAGAUGUGGUUAGUAAGUGAUAUUAUCACAGUAAAAUCAUGUUAACACACAUAUUGUUUAUGUCUUGUGUCUAUACUUUUGAAACAGUGAGUAUUUUAAUGUUUACAGAUUGACCCCAUUGACUUCCAUUGUAAGUGUCUCACUGGAACACACAUUUGUGCUUUUUUAAACCUCCUGAGACCCGAGCGUGACUGCUGUGAGCUUUUUCCAUUUCAUAAACAAACAAACAAACAAACAAACAAAAUUUGCAGAGCAAAUAGUUUUCCUAAAAAUCAACGUCCUCAUAUGUGAACAACGGGACUAAGUUGCGAAAUUUUAAAUAAUACUAAACUAUAGAAAGUUAGAUUUUUUUCAUUUUGGGAUUUUCUCUCUUUUCUCCCCAAUUUGGAAUGCCCAAUUCCCAAUGCGCUCUAAGUCCUCGUGGUGGCGUAGUGACUCGCUUCAAUCCGGGUGGCGGAGGACGAAUCUCAGUUGCCUCCACGUCUGAGACCGUCAAUCUGUGCAUCUUAUCACGUGACUUGUUGAGCGCAUUACCGUGGAGACCUAGCGCAUGUGGAGGCUUCACACUAUUCUCCGCAGCAUCCACGCACAACUCACCACACGCCCCACCGAGAGCGAGAACCACAUUAUAGCGACCACGAGGAGGUUACCCCAUGUGACUCUACCCUCCCUAGCAACCGGGGCAAUUUGGUUGCUUAGGAGACCUGGCUGGAGUCACUCAGCACGCCCUGGAUUCAAACUCGAGACUCCAGGUGUGAUAGUCAGCGUCUUUACUCGCUGAGAUACCCAGGCCCCAGAUUUUUUUUUUUUUCAUCAAAUAGUUUCUUAUGUUUCCAGGAGUGUUGAUUAUUCAUGUUUUUGAGACGUCAGAAAUUAUCAAGAUUAAUUCUGAUUCAAAGUAAUGUCCAGCAUCAUCCAAUCACUGUCAACCAUGUUAAAAUAAAAUGAUACAUUAUAAAUUCUGAAUCUAUGUACUGAUUAUCAUUGUCACAUGUCUGUCAAACAUGUUGAGUGAUCCAAACAUCAUCUGCAGCCUGAAACUGAACUUUUGAUCAGAUUUUAGGAGUGAAUGCACUUAACUGCAUAGAGAGCUAUAGGAUGCUCCCUUGCUCCCUAUUUAGUGAAUGACUUAACCUCCAGUGUGCUGUCUGUCUGCACUGGUCUCAGAACAGUUUGAAAUGCACCUUAUUUUCAUCCUAACUCCAUAUAAAGCCUCUGAAAGACACAUUUUUCAGUGUUUGGAUGAAUCCAUUAAUUCUCAUUGUGAUAAUACACAGACAGUGAAUAAAGGAGCAUACAGUCCACGAAUGUGGUCAUUGUGUUUCUCAGCGUGCUGUUUCACGCUAAAUCACUCAAAUUUUAAAAAUGGCAUAUCUGAUGAAACUAGAGACUCUAAUCUUUUGAUUCAAACAGGUUUCAAUGUAAAAACUUAAUGAGAUUUCUUACCAGAUGUAGUUUUAUUGGCAUUUCCCCCAAAGACAAACUCCGCUGUGAUCGGCACCAUGUUGUUUUGUCACAUGACUCUGUGUGUCGAAAGUUUAACCCUUUACUCCUGAACUGAGAUCAGUCAGUUUAAAUUCAAUUAAAUUAUGCGUUGUGUAUAGCGACACCAAAACGUAAUGUCCACGCAUGUGGACGCGGGGUCUCAGGAGGUUAAAGAAAAGAAGGGACGGAGCCGACAAAUGCAAAAGCUUGUAUUGAACCUGGUUAAACAAUACAGAAACUGCUCACUAGAUGACGUUUAGGUUUGUCAUUAUAGACGAUGACAUAAAUGAGGCACUGUGUUUUAUACUGUAUAUUGAUAUCUGGACAGUAGAUGUCAGUAGAUGUCGGUUUGGUUCAAGACUAAUAUAGAUGACACAUUUCAACAGUCAUGCUUUGUGACACUAAGUGACAAGUUUCGUUAGCAGUAAAUUACUUCGCCCAAGAAGUGACCUACAUUUAAGACUUUUAAGAAUUCUCUCUACUUCGUCCUUACUCAGACAAGUUCGCUGAAACCCCAGAGGUCAGGUGAGCCUUCAUUUCACGCAGUAUACUGCUCUCGCUUCAGUAUAUUGCACUCUUUUAAGUGCAGUUUACCUGGUUUUGUAGCUAAAAGGUUCCACCUUUUGAAGUUAAACCCAACACAAGUGCAUAAAGCACCAACAUCACUGCUGAUCUGAGAUGGAGAAGAUCAUCCAACCGGUGUAAGAGCAUCCUCAUCACACGUCUACAGUAGAUCAUUAUUAUCCUGUAUGGUGAAACACACACACGAGUUCUCUGAACCCUCGUCGCGGCCGUUCACAGGACAUAAUGAGUGACACAGUCGAUUGAGUUUCAGUGUUUGACGAACGCUCAUCUGUCCACUCAUGAAACAAUUUGAUGUUCGUCCACUCCGUCUCCUUUCUCCAGUCU